AUGCGGAAGCGCCAGGUGUAUGUAGAUCGGGGAACCAGCAGCCGCCACUCCUCCACGCAGCCGCUGCUGACGGCCCUGUGGCCCCUGCUCCGCCUCACCUUCCUCAGGCUCGGAACCCCACGGCCCUUGGCUCGGGAGUGUGGCUUCAGUGUGCCAGCGGUUGACCGGCCAUCCUUCUUCAACCUCAGCUCACCCCAGGAGGUUCAGGAAACCAGCCAGAUGCCGAACAACGGAGGCGCGCCCCUGCUCGUGGACGUGCAGGUGUUUGUGUCAAACGUGUUUAACGUGGACACCCUGCGGUACACAGUGUCCUCCACGAUGCUGCUGCGGCUGUCCUGGCUGGACGCUCGCCUGGCCUUGAACUCCACUGGGCACCGGCAGGGCAGAGUCACGCUGCCCUGGGACUCUCUCUGGACACCAGGACUCACUAUCCGGGAGGCGCUCUGGGUGAACUGGCAGGACCAGAGCCCACAGGCCCGAGUGGACCGGGAUGGCCACAUCGAGCUCUUCCUGGCCCUCACCACGGAGACCGACUGUGACUUAGAGCUUUUCCACUUCCCCAGGGACCAGAGCGACUGCAGCCUCAGCUUCUUCGCUUUUGGCAACACUGUGAUGGAGCUGGGGUUCCAGGCCCAUGCGGUGAAUGAGAUCGUGAGUGUCGAGAGGGAAUACGUAGUUCAGGAUUUGAAAACCCAAGUCGCAUCCCAGCAGCUGGUGCCCUGCUUCCAGGUGACGGGGUGCCUGCAGAACACGGCGCUAAAGGCAAUCACGGCGCUCUUGGUACCCGGGGAGGCACUGCUGUUGGCUGACCUGUGCGGGGCACUGCUGCCCCUCCGGACGGAGGGCGUUGCCUACGAGGUGAGCCUGCUGCUGGGCUACCUCGUCCUCCACUCCCCCCUGGUUCAGGCCCUGCCUGAACGGCAGCCGGCUGCUCAGUAA